AUGGCGCAGGCAAAAGCCGCUCGCACCGCCAGCGCGCAGGCCGCCGCCGCCGCCUCCUCGGCAGCCGCAUCGCCCGGCAUCGCGGGCCGCGCGAGCCGCGUCGCGAGCUGCGCACGUGCAGCUGGGCCCGCCGAGGCGAUGGCGGCGGCGUGCGGUGUGGCGGCGGCCGAGGUGACGGCCGCGAGCCGAAGCAUCCGCGACGCGGACGGCGACGCGGCGGCGGCGGCUCGCGCUGCCGAGGCUGCGCACACGGCGGGCUGCCUGGCGGCAGAGUCGGAGCGGCAGAGGCGGCUGGAGGCGGAGGCGUCGGCGGCCGCGCUCGGCGUGGAGCGCGACGCGGCGAUCCGAGCCGCCGCUGACGCGAGGGGCGAGGCGGCGGCGGCAGCGCAGCGUGCCCACCGGGCAGCGGCGAUGGCGGAGGCGGCGGCGGCGGCGGUGCAGGCGGAGAGGGCGGAGCGGGGCGUGGCGGUGGCGACCCUCGCGGGUGCGGUGGCGGAGGCGGAGGCGGAGGCGGAGGCGCUCGCCGCGGCGGCUGCCGCACGCGCCCGUCGGGAGCGGAGGGAGAGCGAGGCGGCAGGCGCUGCGGUGCGCGGUGUCGAGUUGAACGCGCUGCGAGCCGCGCUGUGCGAUGCCGAGGCGUGUGCUGCGGCCGCGGGCGACGCGGCGCAGCGCGAGCGGCGCAGGGCGGAGGGGGAGGCGCGGGCGGCGGCGGCGACGCGUCGGGCGGCCGCCGAGUCCGCCGCGGAGGCGGGCGAGGAGGCUGCUGCUGCGGCGCUGCAACACCAGGAGGCGGUCGAGGCGUUGAGUUUGCGGAUGGGGCGCGCCGAAGCCGCAGCCGCCGACGCGACGUCCCGUGCGGAGGCUGCCGAGGGCCGGCUCGCGGCAGCGGCGCGGCGCGGCGAGGACGCGGCGGCGGCGGCGGAGGUUGCGGCGAGCGAGGCGGCGUCGUCGUCCGACGCGCGCGCGGCCGCCGUCGCGGCGACGGCUGCCGCAGAGUCUGCGGCGGCCGUCGCCGAGGCGGCCGAGGGGGAGGCGAAUGCGCGCGCCGCGGCGAUGGAGAGGCGGGCCGAGCAGGCGGAGGCCAUCCCUGCCCUCUACGCCCUCGCUCCCCUCUCCCGAAUCACCUCCCUCCCCUCUCGCUUGCCUCUUCUCGCCUCCUCGCCCUCUGCCUCUCGGCCGCUGCCCCUCCCCUGCCCGUUGCCUCUUCGUUCGCUCUCCGGCUCUGACAUACCGCCUCCACUGCUCACCGCACUCCUCGCCAUCGGCGUGCAGGCCGGGCGCGCCGCGGCGACUGCCGACGCGGCUGCGCGCCGCGCGGAGGCGGCGGUUGCCGCUGCAGAGGAAGAGGGGCGGAGGCUGGCUGCCGAGGCGGCUCUGCUGGGGGACGAGUUUUGGGCGGCGGAGGAGGCGGCGCGGCGGGAGGCGCGGGAGGCGCGGGAGGAGGCGCAGGAGGGUGCGCGGCGGUCGGCUGCGGCGGAGGCGGCGGCGGAGGCGUUUGGGAGGGAGGCGGCGGUGCGGGCGAGGGGGGAGGUUGAGGCGGCAGAGGCGGCGCGGCGGGAGGCGGAGGCAGAGGCGGCGGCCGCAGCCCUCGAGACGGCGCACCGGCUGCUGGAGCUCGAGGCGGAUCGAGGACCACUAGCGCACCGGCGGCUGGCCGAGCUGGAGGAGGCGGCGGCGGAGCAGUCGUGGAGGCACAGGCGCGCGCUUGAGGCGGCGGCGCGACUCGCGGCGGCGCAGCGGGAGCGCGGAGCCGCUCGCACCAUCGUCACCGCUUUGCUCCGCCGGCAGCUUCGCCAGCGUGCAGAGGCGGGGGCGCGGGCGCGGGCGGAGGCGAGCGCAGCAGACGCAGCGCGGCGCGUGGCUGCGGCGGCGGCGGCGGCGGCGGCGUCGCGGGGGGCGGCCGAGCGCGCGCGGCGCGAGGCGGCGGCCGAGGCGGCCGAGGCGGUCGUCGCUGCUGCGGCGGAGCGGGAGGUUGCCCAGGCGGCGGCGGAGAGGCGGCUGCUCAUCGAGACGCAGAGGGCCGCCGCCGCUGAGGAGGCGGAGGAGGAGGCGCGGGCGGCGCUGGCGAGCGAGCGCGUCGCGUCGCACGCUGCGACGGCCGAGGCGGCGGCGCGCGUGGGUGAGCCGCAAGCGGCGCUCUCGCCGGGGAACGCGUUCGUGGACCCUUCUCGGAUUUUUCCCGGACUCUGCCCGUCAGGCGAGCUGAAGCGGCGGCUCGAGCGGAGUGAGGCGCUGCGGGGGGAGGGCGAGGCGGCGGCGGCGGCGGCGGCGUGCGCGGCGGCCGAGGCGCUGGCGCGGAGCGCGGCGGAGGAGACUGCGGUGCUGGGGGCGUUGCACGAGUCGGACGAGGCGGCGGCGGCGGCGGAGCGGGCGCGGGCAGACGCAGAGCGCGCUGCGGCUUGCGCAGAGGCGGCGGCCGAGGCGUCUCGGCGCAAGGCGGUGGCGAGGGGCGAGGAGGCGGGUGCGGCGGCGGGCGAGGCGGCCGAGGCGAGGGCGGCGGCCGAGGCGGCGGUCGCGCAGGCGGCGGCCGAGGCGGCGCUCGCCCUCCGCAUGUCUGAGGCGGCGGACGCGGCCGAGGCGCGGCUGGCGGCGGAGAAGGCUGUCAGCGGGCAGAUGCUGCUCGAGGAGAGGGAGGAGACGCGCCGCCGCCUCACUGCCGUGCUGGCUGCGCGCAGCCAGCGGUGGACGGUGCGGCGGGCGGCGCUGCAGCAGGCCCUCACUCGUCGCGAGGCGGAGCUGGAGGCUCGCGAGGCGGCCGAGGCGGACGAGGCGGACGAGGCAGGGGGGCGAGGCGGCGCCGUUAGCGCCGCCGCCGCCGCAGGUCUCGCGGCGGCGGAGCAUGCCGCCGGCCUGUCGGCGCGCGCUGCCGCUUCGGAGCGUGCGAACGAGGAGGCGGAGGCGGCGUUGCGGCGGUCGAGCGCGGCGCAGCAAGACGCGGCCGAGUCGCUGCGGCGGACCGAGGCGGAGCUGCGGCGGACCGAGGCGGAGCUGCGGCGGACCGAGGCGGAAGUGCGGCGGACCGAGGCGGAGUUGCGGCGGACCGAGGCGGAGGUGCAGGAGAGGGACGCGUCGCUGGGCGCGGCGGAGGCGACGGUCCGCGAGGCCGCCGCGCGUGCGUCUUCGCUUGAGGGCAGCCUGGAGGCGGCCAGGAGCGAUGCGGCGGCGCGAGCUGCGGCGGCGCAGUCGCAGGCGAGCGACGAGGCGCGGCGAGAGGCGGCGGCGAGGGCGGCGGCGAGGGCGGAGGAGGCGGCGAUGGCGGAGGCGGCCCGAGCGGUGGCGCGCGCCGAGGCGACGGCGGCGGCGGCCACAGCGGCGGCGGCGGUGGAGGCGAGGGCCGUGGCGGAGGAGCGUGCGGCGGAGCUGGUGGCGGCGGAGGCGGCGGCGGCGGCGGCGGCGGCCGAGGUGGCGGCGGCGGAGCGAUGCCGCUGCGACGUGCUGAGUGCGUCGUUGCGGCAGGCGGAGCGGGAGGGGGAGACGUUCGGCGUCGCGCUGCAGCGUGCGAGCGGCGCGUUGGUGGAGGGCAAGGCGGCGCUGUUGUCCGCCGAGGCGGCUGCAACGGCGGCUGCAACGGCGGCGGCCGAGGCGGCGGCGGCGACGGCGGCGACGGCGGCGGCGGAGAUUGGCGUGGCGGAGGCGGAGGCGGUGCGCGCGUGGGCGGCGAGGGAGGAGGCGGCUGCCGCGGCUGCAGAGUCGGCCGCUGCGGUGGCGGCGUCGGCGGAGGAGCUGGUGGUCGAGCGGCAGAGGUCGUCGGCGAGGCAGGCAGCGGCGGCGGAGGCGCAAGAAGGGCUGCGGCGGCGGGCGGCGUCGGCGGAGGGCGAGGCGGCGGGCUUACGGCAGGAGCUGCGCGCGCACCACACGGUGGCGGAGCAGCGCGAGGCGGCGGCGCAGCGGUCCGAGGCGGCGGCGGCCGAGGCUGCGGCGGCCGCGCUCGCCCUCGCGUCGCACGAGCGGCAGGCGAAGGAGCGAGAGCGGCGGGUGGCGGAGCUCGAGCGGGCGAGAGCGCAAGCCACGGAGAGGGAGAGGGCGCAGGCGGCGGAGGCGGAGCGGCUGCGUGCGCACUGCUCCACCCUCGAGGCCGCCGCCGCCACACUACGCCGGCGCUUGCGCGACGAGGCGGCGGAGGCGGAGGCGGCGCUCGCCGCUGUCAGGGCGGAGGGCGAGGCGGCGGCGGCGGCGGCGGUGGCGGCCCCGCGGGACCCUCGCGAGGCGGUGCGCGGCGGCGGGCUGGCGGCGGUGGAGAGGGAGGCGUUCGAGCGGCGGCGGGCUGGCGCGCGGGUGGAGAGGGAGGCGUUCGAGCGGCGGCUGGCCGACGCGCGGGCGGAGGUGGCAGCGCUGCGGGCGGCGCGGGCGGCGUCAGUGUCGGCGUCGGCGUCGCCGGAGCGUCCAGAGCGGCCGGUCGCGGAGGCGGAGGCGGCGGAGCUGCGUCGCGCGCUGCGGCUGAGCGAGGAGCGGCGCGCGGAGGACGCGGCGGCGCUGGACGAGCAGGCGCGUGCCGCCUCGGCUGUGCGGUACGGCCUGCGGCUGCACGCGCAGCUGCAGCGGGAGCGCCGCGCGUCGGCGUCCCCCCCGCAGCCGCACGCGACUCCACCGACGUCGGCCCCCGGCCAGGCGGCGAGGGUUGCGGCACGGGCGCGGGAGGGGGAGGGGGUGCCGCCGCUCAGGCUGCACGUGCCGAUGGCGCCGCUCGACACCGCGACGCACGCGCGGACGCCCGCGCGCACCCAGCGCCGCGAAGGCGCCGCCGCGACCGCGGAGCCGGCGGCGGUCGGCGGGUCGACGGACCGCCCCUCCGCCACGCCUGCGAGGGCCGUCGCCGCGCCCUCCCCGCCCGUGUCGUGGCGCACGCCGCCACCGCCGCCAGCCACGCCGGCCGGGGGCGGCGGCGGCGGCGGCGGCGGCGGCGGUGCGGCGGCGGCGGGAGGAGGAGGCCGCGGCAUGUCCCCUCCGGAGAAGGAGAACCUCUUUGCCGGCGACGACAAGCCGCAGCAGACCCCUCCCUCGCCGCGCCGCCGCGCGCCGCUCAGCGCGCCGCUCGAGGCGGAGGCGCCAAACUCGCCGCAGCCGCGCGCGCCGCCGGCCGACCCGCGCGUCUCCGCCGCCGUGGCGUCCGCCACCAUGCGCGCGGUGUCGGGGCUCGCGCCGGCGCGCGGGGCGGCGGGCCGCGGGCCGACAAAUACGACGCCGUUUGUGCGGGUGUGA